AUAAGUACCCUAUAAUGGGUAUAACGUAAAAAAACAGUAGACAACAUCUGACAACAUAUAAUAUGAUAAAUAAUCAACAAGAAUUAUGGAUAAUAACGACGAUCACUAUGACUGGUUGUAAUAAAAAAUAAUACAUGCGGCGACUAAUUAAGAGCAAAUAUAUGGUAGGUACCUACAAAUAAAUAAACAUUUUGUGAAAACGAUAAUAGUUUUCAUUAAAUUACCGUGUUUAUAAUAAAAAACGAGAAUUUGAAAAUGGAGUCAGAAGAAGAACGUUUACAAGAUUUACUGUUUCCAGAUGGAUACCCAUCUGAAUGGAUAGAUAGUUCCCCCCUCAAAGAUUACAUAUCAAGAGUAGGGUCUUUAACAGCUGAAGAGUUGCAAAAGGAACCGAUAAAAUUAAAUGAUGAGAAGCACCUGUUAGAAGAUCAGAUUCAAGAAUUGGCUGUCUCAAACUAUAAAGUGUUCUUAGAGACGGCUCAAUGUUCUCAGUCACUAUUUGGGCAGUUUACAUUAAUUGAGAACAAGCUGGGAACAUUGUUACUGGACAUCCCUCAAUUUGAAAAACAAUUUGAGAACUUUCUCAAUAAAACGAAAGAUAUAAACAGUAUUCGGAAGCUUAAUUCACUCACACUUACCAGAAAUGCCCAAUUACUCGAAAUUUUAGAACUACCACAGCUAAUGGAGUCUUUCAUAAACGGAGGCUUUUAUGAAGAUGCAUUAGAGUUAGCGUCCUAUGUUAGGAGACUAUGUUUCAAACGAUCUGACAUACAAAUAUUAAAGGCAAUAAAGGACGACGUCGAAAAACUGUGGUUGGUCAUGUUAAAUAAAUUAUUAGAACAGUUACGAUUAGGUAUUCAGCUUCCAAAGUGUCUUCAGUUGGUCGCCUAUUUAAGGCGAAUGGAGAUAUUCUCUGAAUCAGAACUUCGCAUGAAAUUUUUACAAACUCGCAACACAUGGCUAAAUAACUGUUUAAAUUCUAUUCCAAAUGAUGACCCUUAUCAUCAUCUUACAAAAACAAUUGAGGUAACCAGGGUUAACUUAUUCAGUAUAGUUACCCAAUAUAAAGCAAUAUUUAAUGAUGAUGAGCAUGGUCCUUUAGCCUCCCCCAGGAACCAAUUAACUAAUUGCAAUAUAAUAUUUUUCAGUUGGAUAUCGGACAGGGUGUCGAUUUUUCUUAAAACAUUGGAAGAAGAUUUGGAUCGCGGAGUGUCACCUUUGGACACGGUUUUGGGACAGAGCAUGUAUUUCGGAUUAUCAUUUAGUCGGGUAGGAUGUGAUUUUAGGUCCUUGAUGGUGCCAAUCUUUGUUAAAACGAUAAAAAGUGCCUUCAAAGAGUCAGUAUUAAAGGCAACGACUAAUUUCGAAAAAAACAUAGAAAGGUUUACGUUCAUCAACAAAGUUCACUCAAACAUUACAUGGAAAGGUAAAGAUGUCGACCCAGCACGACCUCCGGAAACUUUGCUGGAAUUUUAUCCUCUUGCCGAGUACUUGAAUCAAAUUUUGAUUGUUUUUAACGAACUACGAUCCUGCCUACCCUUCGCAAUUAUAGAAGAGAUCAUGUCGUGCUUGGAAGAGUCUCUUCUCGUCAUUUCGAACUUGAUCCUUAUUUUAUAUAAUGCGGAACAUCAAGCGUUUUCGGCAAAUUCAAAAGAAUCCUUCAGCAGAUUUUGUAUGUGCUUUGCAGACGAUUUGAUCUCUUAUUUGCAAAAAUGUUUGCACACGAUUUUUCCACCCAACAGCGUUGCCACAUAUCUUGGAGUUUCCGUGCAAACUCUACAAAAAGACGGUCUUCUAACUAUAAACAAGAGUAAAGUUAUAGACCCCAUCAAACUUCUACUACCACCUAAAAUUGAUCCAAUUUUGGACAAAAUUCAAAAUGAAGAUGUAAAACCAAAAAUUAACAAUGAAAAAGAAGAGGAUACCAAUUAAAGUACAUGAAAUGUAUUAUAGAUUUAUGUUUAAUAAAAAUAAUGCUUUGAAAUACUUUGA